CAACUUCGACCCUCGUCCUACGCCGCAUUCAAAAUGGCCUCCUCAGAUCUAGAUACCCUCAUCGACAUGGGCUUCCCACGCGAACGCGCAGAACUCGCUGUUAAAGCUACUGGUGGCCUCCAGCCUGCCAUCGACUGGCUCGAGACCAACCAAGACAAGUCUAUCGAUGACAUCAAGCAAGAGCAAGCUACCGCCGCCGCCAAUGCCUCAGAAGAGCCUCCCGCGCUGCAGCCUGGCGAGGAAGCCAAGUCCCUCGUUUGCGAUGAGUGCGGCAAGAAGUUCCGCUCAGUAAACCAAGCCCAGUUCCACGGCGAGAAGACCGGUCACGAGCAGUUCUCCGAAUCCACCGAAGAGAUCGCUCCUCUCACAGAGGAACAGAAGGCGCAACGACUACAAGAGCUGCGCGAGAAGCUGGCGGCCAAGCGCGCGAUGCAGUCAGAGCAGGACAAGGAAGACCACAAGAAAAACGAGCAGAUCCGCAUGAAGGCCACAAAGGAGUCACAGGACAUUCGAGAAGAGUUGCAGAAGAAGGAGCGCUUAAAGGAAGCUGCUGCCAAGCGCGCAGAGAAGAAGGCAGACGAGGAUGCGAGGAAACGGGUUUUGGCCAAGCUCGAAGCAGAUAAGCAAGAGCGAAAACGCAAAGCUGAGAUCGAGAAGGCGAAGCGCGCCGGCCAGGCUCCCCCCGCCGCUCCUGUACAAGCUCCCCUGGCUACAUCCUCCGGUCCCACUACCAGCAAGCCUGCGAGCGCGUACACUGAGGCACGAUUGGCCCUGCAAACACCUGGUGGGAGGGUCAUGAAGAACUUCCCUGUAGAGACUACGCUCUUCGAGGUGGCACAUGCGCUGGAGCAGGAUGGCAUCAGCGUCUCGACGUUUACUACCAACUUCCCCAAGAAGACGUACGAUCGCAGUGACUUUGGCAUGACUCUCAAGGAAGCGGGUAUGGUACCUAGCGCGGCUUUGAUCAUCGGAUAG